GAUCGAGUCAUCUACGAACGGCGAGAUUGGGUCAACGCGAACGAGAAGCACUUGAACGACCUAGCAGAAAAACAUUUGACGGCGAUAGAGGACGAUUCUAUGACAUCUCCCGCAGAGCUCAACGCUUAUUGGGACAAGUUUUUGGACGGUCUUCGCGAAAUUGAGAACACUGUUCCGAUUGCUAAGUCGUCUCAACAUUCCGCUACCCAGAUGUCACCAGGUGUUCGGCAGGCUUUUGCCGAGGUGAAACGGUGCGCGCGGGACUACAAAGCCUUCCGCACACCUGAGCUUGAAAAGAGACACGAGGAAGCCGAACUCGUGGCGAAGGAGCUCUGGAAGAUUGAGAGACAGAACGCUUGGUAUGAUCAUGUGGCUAAAUCGACCGCUAAUCUACAAGGCGCUUACAAAAAGUACCACUGGGCUCUGAAACAAGAAACCGCACGAGAACCUGCACAUAUGCCACCCCUGGUAGAGGGUGAAGAACCCAACAUUACUACGCAUACUUCUCCUCAAGCAAAGAGCGACUGUCUUGCUAGGGCACUUCUACUCGUCUCUACAGACAAAAAUGAGCAGCCAACGGCCCCCGACCUUCCUUUUGACGUCAACCCCAAUCAGUUACCAACCUGUGCUCUCCUCCAAUAUGAGGAUAUUGACAGACUCAUCCGGAAAAUGCCACGUAUCAGAGCCACGGUGGAUGGUGGAGUGUCAAACAUCUUCAUAAAGAUUUGUCGAAAGGUUCUCGUUCCGCACCUGUUGCGGUUCUGUAAGUUACUCCCACUGUGCAAACGAUUCUCCUCCGUUCUUUCUUUGUCUCUUGACUAA